AUGAUAAAAUAGGUAAACCAAUUAAUUGAUGCUUCAGGUUCAAUUAGAAAUUGUUGGUAAUGGUUGGCUAAUUUUUGGAGUAAGAGUAUUCCUAAGGAUAAUUCGAUUGCCAUUACAUUCUCAAAUUAUCCUACAGUAUUGAAAGGUGAGAAAGUAAUUCAUCAGGAUAUUUAAGAACAUGGAGGAGGGGGAGCUUAAAUUGUUCUCGCCUUUGUUGAAUUUGAAAAUCAAUUAGCAAAUAUUUCUGUAAAUUAAAAAUUAACUGCGAUAUUCAUUAGUGACGGAGCGGAUAGUAUGGUAACGACUUUGGAUAGAAAAAUGAAACAGAAUCUGUCAGGUAAUUUGCUAAAUCAUCGAAUCAAUUUCAUAUGA